AUGGAACAGGCACGUUGUUUGCAGGAAGCACAAAAUAAAGCUUUGAUGAUUCCAGAGUCUACAGAGAACAUUUCCCGACUAGAGGAGCUUUGGGGUCCACAGAAUUAUAAACCCUGUUUUGUGUCUGAAGAAGAAUAUUCAGGAGAUUUACAUAAGCCAUAUGAAAUCAUGAACCACUCUGGCAUCAACUCUAUCAUUUGGCCUCAACGUUAUUCUGGCAUUUUCAUGUUCAGAUUGAUUAUAUUGGACCCAAACUACAGCUUCUGUGAUUUUAAAGUAUACUUCGCUGUCCAUACAUAUGGCAUUAUUGAAAGGUAA